GUGAGUAACAGAAGCCAUGGAAAUUCCUUUUCCUUUCUUUUUUCCUGCUGCCAUGUGUCUCCUUAUAAUUCCUGGAGUUUUUCCAGUAUCCUGUGACGGAAUUAUAGGAGGAAAUGAAGUGUCACCCCACACAAGGCGCUACAUGGCUUUAAUUGAAGGGCUGAAAGUCUGUGCAGGGGCUUUGAUCAAAGAAAACUGGGUGUUGACAGCUGCUCACUGUGACCUGAAAGGCAACCCUCAAGUUAUUCUUGGAGCCCACUCUACAUCCCAUAAAGAGAAAUAUGACCAGACAUUUUCCAUUAAAAAGGCAAUUCCUUAUCCAUGUUUUGAUCCACAGACAUUUGAAGGGGAUCUUCAGCUGCUUCAGCUGGAAGGUAAAGCAACUAUGACCAAAGCUGUAGGAAUACUUAAGCUACCCAACACAGGAAAAGAUGUCGAACCCCACACCAAGUGUCAUGUGGCAGGAUGGGGAAGCACCAGAAAAGACUCGUGCAAAAUUUCAAACACCUUGAGAGAAGUCAACAUUACUGUGAUAGAUCGAAAAAUGUGCAAUGAUGCCCAGCACUAUAAUUUUAAUCCAGUUAUUGACCUUGGUAUGAUCUGUGCAGUUGGUAGAAAAGGUGAAGAUGAUUCAUGUGAAGGAGAUUCUGGAAGUCCUCUGAUAUGUGACAACAUUUUCAGAGGGGUCACUUCCUUUGGGAAGUGUGGUAACCCCCAGAAGCCUGGCGUCUACAUUCUCCUCACCAAAAAACACCUCAACUGGAUAAAGAAAACCAUUGCAGGAGCCAUAUAGCAUUUCUUCUUCAAAGCAGAAAACUGAGGUAACCACCUGGAGAUGUCAAGCAAAGCGGGUUUUAACUUGUCCUAUCUGAAGAAGCACCUCGCAAGCCUCUUAACCUGGUGUCCAAACGAUAGCCUGACUGAAAAACCAGCAAUGAAAGAAAUGACCUUCUGCCUUCUCUCUUCCACCAUUAGUGAAGACUGAUUAAUCGCUGUUCUCUAUCUGUGGCAAGAAAUGUCCCUUGAGAAAAAGUUCCCCAGUUCAGUGACUCUCUAUUUUAUUCAGAAUUUAAAGACCAUCACUUUGGGGUUCAUCCUUA